AUGACAAAUUUUUAUUUAAACAAAAGUAUUUUUGAAGAAACUCAUAAAGAUAAUACUCAAUUACAAACUGAUCUUUCAAAUUUGCAAUUUCAAUAUUUAGAUGAUGAAAAUAAUUUAUCAUCAUUAGAUAAUUCUAAAAUUUUUGAAAUUCAAGAAAUUUCAGAAAAUAUUCUUUUAGAAAAUGAAAUUUGGACUGAAGAAAAACUUUUUAAAUUUAAAAUAUUAUAUUAUAAAACAAAAGAUAUUUUAGAAAAACCAGAUGAUGAUAAUCAAAAAUUAGAAGAAGAAAUUAGUUCAUUAGAAAAUAAUGAAUUUAAAAAAUCUUUUGAUAAACAAUGUUGUGAAAAAAAUUGUUUACAAACUCAAUGUGAUUAUUCAAUUGCUUUGUUACAAUAUUUAAAUUUUAAAAAUCUUUCUAAAUCUUUUCAAGAUAUGUAUUUAUUAGGAAAUAGAGCAUUAUCAUUUGAAAUAGUAAUGAAUGUUAUUACUUUUAUAGCAAAUUAUGCAAAACAAAAUGGUUUGCCUUUUCCAGUAGAAGAAAAAGAAACAAAAGUAUUAGAAUGGCAUCAACAUAUUGAAUGGGCACAUAAAGAAAGAGAAAAUUAUAAAAAUUAUAUUAAUAUAGCAUAUAAUGAUAUUCAAAAAUUUGGAAUUAGUAAUUUAUUACGUCCUGAAAAACCUAAUUCUUUAAAUAUUACAAUUCAUCUUUCUUGGGAUUAUGCACAACAAAUUUAA